GAUUCCCGCGAAGACCACUAAGCUUCAAUUGUUUUUCCUCCUCAAUAAGCACGCGGUUCUGUUUACCUUCCCACAGCAAAAUUAAAAAGCGUAUUUUCACGUCUUACCCUCCAGACCUAAGGGGGCCCGCGGGCGCAGUCCGGGUACUAGGCUUGGUGCAAGGGUCGGGCCGUUCCAGAGAUUGUUUUCCAGGUUGUUGAAAAUUUUGCAUUAUUUUUCUUCCGACCACUUUUUAUCCUCUUGAGCCUGCACAGCCACCACGAAAACCGUUUCGAAGCGCCUUGAAAAUUUAACAAGGGACAAAUCACAGAGGCACCAUUGGAAUCGCCGCGUGGAGACGAUUGGAACGAGCCCUCUUUAGCGCCAUUUGGUGGAGAAAUAAGGCGGGAGCGAAAAAACCCUCGUCUGAGCUUGUGUCGAGGUCUGGAGUUUUGAUUACCUGGAAGCUCGUUCAGUGUUCUUGCAGAUUCAUUUGUGCCGGUUUAGUAGGAAAACCAUCUAUUGCUGCUUCUUCGGUUUUUGUCUUCUUUGGCGCGGCCGGCGGGCUCGAUCCGGCGAUCUGACAGAUUAAUUAUGAUAUUAAAUAUACGUAUAUAAAGGCAACGUAAGGCUUUAUAGCAGUAAGUUGGAGAAAGUCGGCGAUCUGAAUUUGCCCUCCCCGCUCAUUUUUUUAAGCCGCAGAGAGGGCGUAAACUGGUUACGGGCAGGUUUCUCCCACCGCGAGUGCUUUUUCAUCUUCUUGUUCAUCUUCUUGGUCGUCUUGGCCUUCUUCGAGUGCUCAGCGUUUGAAGGGGAUAAUUGUUUUUCUAGAACGCUCUAGGAUUUUUUUAGGAUGGAAUCGUACGGAAACGACAUGUUUCUGUCGCAAGAAGGAUACGCUUCCAUUGAUUUCACUCUGCUUGACCGUCCUUCAACCAGUGUUGCAUCCGCUCCAGAGUCUACGGCUGCACUACUCCCAGAUUCCUCCUUCCCAUCAUUUGAUUUUUUGGACAACUCUGGUGUAGACUCAUUUGGUGGAACACUUCAUGCUGCAGAAGGAACACAAUUUGGUGGUCAAGGAAGGCCAGAGGCUAGCAAGGACAUGGAUUGGAGAAAGGAGAAAGCACACCAUCCAAGCUCUACUAAUAUGUAUAUACAAGGAGUUGGAAAUCAAGAGCCCAGAUUAUCAUCACCUCAAUUCCAAGUGCCUGUUUCUCAGGUUGACUUUUUUUCUGCAAAGCAAUCAUGUUCUGAUAAUAUACAAGCACAAUUAUCUACAUCUGGUAACAGAGUUGGGGAUGAAGUGCAUGAUUUUUUUGAGCAGGAGAAUUUAUCUCAACAACAGUCUCAACUAGAAAGAAGACAAAAUUGGCCUAUUUUGAACAGCAAUGUUUUGUCUGCUGAUAAACGGAACGAAGAGUCCAAUUAUGUACACCAUUCAUCUUAUGACACUGAUAAGGCCAACAGAGCUCGUGAUAAUGCAGCAUUUGAUCGUCCAAGAAACAAUGACAUGGUAUCAACUGGUAUGCUUUCUUUCAUGCCAUUGGAAGCACAACCUAGUGAUGGAAGACACACAUCACGAAUGGCAUUAGGUGCAAGGAGUCCUCAAAAGAGCCCAGUCUUACACAAUAGUGUUAUGGAUACUCAACCAAGGAACCAUCCACUGAAUUUGGACAGUUUGUUGACUGGAUCUUCAGCUGCUCAUAUCAGAGCAAAUCAGGCCACUUCUGCAGGCGAUAGUGGAACUCCAGAGCGGAGUCAGUCAAAUGCAGGUAGCUUGGAUGGCACCGAGACACAACAGGGACACAAUGUUGGUCAAGGCUUGAAUCAUGGCAGGAAUGAUACAGAAGGAGGGGAGAAUAUGGAAUCUCGGGUUAACUAUGAUUUCCUUGGAAGUCAAAUCCAUUUGAAGAGUCAGCCCCAAGCAGGUGUACAAUAUCGUGGGGCAAGGCUUCAGCCUGGGUUGGAUGAAAUGCAAGCAUGGAAACAUCAAUUUACUUAUCAACAGUAUCAAGAAUUACGUAGGCAGCAGCAAACCCAGCAGUUAGAGCAGGAAGCACAGCAGCAGCAAUCACAACAAUUAGUGCAGCAAGCACGGCAACGGUUUCAUUUAGAGCAGCAAGCAAGGCAGCAGCGUGCCCAGCAGCUCGAACAGCAAAUAAGACAAGAACAAGUUCAGCAGUUAAUGCCGCAUGCUCGACAACAGCAAUCUCAGCAAUUAAUGCUGCAUGUUCGACAGCAGCAAUCUCAGCAGUUAGAGCAGCAGGCACGACAACAGCAAGUCCAGCAAUUGGAGCAACAGGCUCGGCAGCAACAAGCGCAACAAUUAGAGCAGCAGGCUCGACAGCAACAAGCCCAGCAAUUAGAGCAACAAGCUCGACAGCUGCAAGCACAGCAACUAGCACAACAAGCUCGGCAGCAGCAAGCCCAGCAAUUAGAGCAGCAGGCUCGACAGCUACAAGCCCAACAGUUAGAACAUCAGGCUCGACAGCUGCAAGCCCAGCAAUUAGAGCAACAAGCUCGACAGCAGCAAGCUCAGCUAUUAGAACAUCAGGCUCGACAGCAACGGGCUCGGUUAUUAGAACAACAGGCUCGACAGCAGCAAGCCUUGGAGCAGCGUGCUCUGCAGCAGCAAGCCCAGCAGUUGGAUCAGCAUACUCGACAGCAGCAAGCCCAACAGUUAGAUCAAAAUGCUCGACAGCAGCAAGCUCAGCAGUUAGAGCAGCAUGCUCGGUGGCAAAAGCAGCUACAGCAGGUUCUUGCUGGUGACAAUCAAAAUAUGGGAAAUCAGUUUGCUCCAUCACUUUAUAGUUCUUCCAUGCAUGACACAUCUGCUUUUGUGCGCUCAAGUAGUUUGAUGUCUCAUAUGGGGAUUGAGAGCCACACUCCAACGAUUGUACCAGGUAAUCUCCAUCGUUUUAAUGUUGGUAAUGUCAACCGAAUGCCAAAUGGCUCACCAUCACUGUCAGGUUUCCCCCCUGAAGUAUUAUUAUCCCAAGAUCCAAACAUAGCAUUUCAGGCUAUGGCUUUGAUGGGUGCGCCCAUGGAUCCAUCUGUUUAUGGUUCUGUGGCUAGCAUGAGGGAUGCAGCUGGUCAGCCGCUAAACUCUUAUCCUAGUCCACAGGGAGCAGUGCAACAACUUGCAGAUGCACCACAUAAUCUGGCUUCAGCUGCUAAUCAUCUGGUAGUAAAACCAGUAGCCCAUACUUCAGGGGUGGUAGCCUCUGUUCCUGGUGAUCAUCGGACAACUUCAUUUGAUCCAACAUUAACCAAGAUUGAUGGGAAACAAGGUACACUUAACAAAUCUUCAUUUGGACAUAUGUUUCCACAGAAUCAGGGAGUGAGUAACUUGCUGCAAGGAACUCCUAUGUCAAGAACUCCCCAACUGCAAGAUUUCAAUUUAAAGCAAAGGAGCUGGAAUGAAGAUCUGGGGCAAAAAGAUAGUUUUCAAGGGGUGUCUUCCCAAGUGUUGGGUGAUUCGGAUGCACCAUCUGAAAGCGGUUUUAAUAAUUUUCAGCCAGGUGGGUGGCCUUCUUUGCCUGCUAAUCAGGUUGCACCUAAUCUCGAUGAUAGGAACCAGAGCAUGAGUGAAGGGCAGUAUGCACUUCAAGGUGCAUAUCAGACAGAAAACACUGAUUUUUUGAACAGUCUGGCAGUUAAUCCACAGGGUGGUUGGAGUGCGCUCAUGCAAUCAGCUGUAGCAGAGUCUCCUUCAGGUGACGGGGAUCAUGAUGAUUGGAGUGGCCUGAAUUUGCAUAAAACUGAGACAACUUCUGGUGAUUCUCUACAUUUUCAUCCUAAUGUGAAAGAACCAAACAUUUGGAAUGAACAAAAUGCUCAAGUGAAUAAUGCUAUGAAUGGAAGAUCUUUUAGUCUUUUCAAUGAUGAUAGUGUCCAGAGUGUUCAAGCUUUGCCACAGAGCAAUUCAGAAGGAAGAGGUCACCUUGGAUCAAAAAUGGAGGGCAUCCAGCAUGGGAAUCAAAUAAAGAUACAAUCAGGACCUUCGUCCAAGUUGGUUCAAGAAACAGCAGGACACACUAGUACCUGGCAAGACCAGAAUCUCUAUCAACAUAUUGAUAAAAGUAGCAACCUACAUCCUUAUUCUAACUUUGAGAGUAGGCAAGGAAACUCCUGGAUCUCUCACAAUAGAGAGCAAGUUCCGUCUGAGGGCAGGUUGUCUUCACACCAUGUUAAUUAUGAUGGAAGCCAGCAGAACAAUUCAUUGCAGAACCAGGGUACCUUUAAAUCUGAAUCUCAUAGAAUGAUGAGCCUCACAUCUAAGGAUCAGAGUGUUUGGAACAAAAAUGAAGCACAGGAGACUGAACAAAAUAAUUUAUUUGUAAAUGCCAACAAAGGGUAUCAAGAAAAUGAAAAUGAGAAUACAGAAAGUGAGCAGCUGGGUAGUUGUACAGAGAAAACUGAGGGCCAAAUGUACCAAAUAAGGCAUGAGGGAAAUAAAGGCACAGGUGCAUCAUUCCAAAGUCAAGAUCCAAAACUAAAUGCGUAUCAGAAUGGGCAGCCUCUGCAGCAAGAAGAGUUAAGCACAGGCAUUUUUUCUAAACAUGUCAUUGAGGAUAAUUUGGAGAAUAGUGCAGGGAGGAGCGGACAAACACUAGAAAACAAGUACCAGUUAGAUAGUUCCAGUAAUGCCAUUUUGGAUUCGUCUGCCAAGAAUAGAGUAAUUGGAAAUACUUCAGGUUAUCGCCAGAGUAAUAGUUCACAAACUUGGAAUUUGUUUCCCAAUAGCUUCACCAGUCCACAGAGAGAAACACAUGAUAGAAGUAAGUCACAUUAUGGUCAGAACGAUUCUCUAUUUGCCAGUCAGGUAACACACAAGGGUGAUGCUAGUCAACAACCUGCAAAUCAUGGAAGUGACAAUGCCAGAAACAGCCCUCAGAAGGAAGAUGAUUUGCAAUCUUUUGGUAAUCAUAGAGGAUAUAGCAGGCUGGGUAAGAUGAGUGUUGGCUUGGAGGAGAAUUCUGCUUAUAAUAUGAUGAGAAUGCUGCCAGGGCAUUUGUCCCAGCAGACAGUAGCAAAUGUUACGACAAAUUAUCAACCUGCAGAAGGUGGGAUACAAGACCUGUCUCUGAGAGGGGCAUCAUACUUGGAUUCAUUUGGACGAAAUACUCCUGAAUUAAUGGACUUUCGGCACCAAAAUGUUGCAAGGGCAUUCCCAUCAAAUAGUAAUGUACAUAUGGGCGAGGAUGCUCUCAUCACAAAGUUACCAAAUGAUUCAAGAGAAAAAGAAGGCGGGGGAUAUCAUAAAGACAUUUCAUUAGGCCAUACAUCUACCAGUUCUUCAUUUGAAAGAACAGCAAACAUGGGGAGUUUAAACAAACAAGCAUCUUUAUCAAGCCAAAACAUGCUUGAACUGUUGACUAAGCCAGAGCAUAUGAAAGAAAAUGAUGCCUUAAAGGGUGCUGUUUUUGUUGAGCAGAAUGCAUCAGUUGAACUGUGUGAAUCAUCUUCUGAUGUUUCACUUGCUAAUUUUGGUCAUAACAAGUUAUCAGGGCCUCCUCAGGGUUUUGACCUCAGAUUGGCUACUUCCCCACAACUAUUGCAAAUUUUGCAUGGUCGAUCACUGCAGUCAAGCACUCCUUCACAAACUGUUGAAGCACUAAAUGAUAAACAGAGCCAUCCAUUGAAGGAAGAUGGUGUUCAAAGGAGUGUAGAUUCUGCAACCCAUCAAGGUUUGUCAUCAAAGUUAAUUGAAGCUUCCAUAACUGAUGGCAAAAGUUUGCAUUUAACUGCUUCAGCAAAGCCAUUAAACAUCCCUCAUGAAUUAUCAGCAACAGUUUCAAAAGAGAAUGCCGAUGAUUUGAAGGAGAAAGCUUCUUGCAUUGUGGAGACCGAUAUUCAUUCAUUGACUCAUCCUCAAAAAACACAAUACAUACAACGUACAAGUGUACUUGGACAACUACCAUUAAGUACUCAAUCAAUGGUUUCACAUACAGUCCCAGAAAACCAAUCUCAUGUGCAAGGUAGUAUGAUGUGUAAUAAUCAGCUUCAAGGCUCCCAAGGUGUAGUGAUUCCGAGACAAUUAGCAUCAACAUGCAAUGCAAUUACCCAAUCUAAGGCUUCUUCUGUUAAUGCUGUUAUAGACAAAGAGUCUGAAAUGCAGGGUUCUUUUCCAUCAUCAACUAGAUCUUUUGGGCAAAGCAGUUAUCCAAGUGAUUUACUUACUCAAGAUGGACAAAACCAUAAGAUUAUGUCUUUAACUGGCAGCUUUUCUGGCUUGAGGAACAGUGAUCAGGGUUUACAUGAAUCUUGGUCAAACUCUGCAUCUCAAAUGCCCGGAGCAUCGGGGAGAGCUCAAUCUGCUGCAUUUUUAAAGUUGCUUAAUGCCUUCAAAACAAAUUAUGCAAAUCAUCAAAGAUUGCCAAUGGGGGUUGAAAAGGUAUUUCCAAGUGUCUUUGAGUCAUUUCGUCCACCGAGUGGUGGGUCAGAUCAAUCCUUUUUGACAAGGCCAGAUGGUCAGAUGAAAUUUGGUAUGGUAGGGAAGGCAGCAGCUUCAGCACACAACCAGACAUAUGUACCACAUAUAUUCAAUUCUCAGCAGCCUGCAUCAGCAGAAGAGCUUUCAAAACAAGAAAGUUUAUUUCAUCAGAUGGCAUCUGAAAGAGGUGAAUCAAGUGGCAUUUCUGCCCCCCAAAACUCAAUGAUGGGUUUGCCAGUUGCUGUGCCCACUUUGCCACUUCAAACUUCUCCACUAAAUUCUCAGUUGUCUAUGCUUCACUCUCAAGGGCAGGAUCCAAGAAAUUUUUUGGCAUCCAAGAUUCAACUAAAUACACCGUCAAUUGUUUCCUCACUUAAUUCAGGUCUUUAUCCAACAAAUCAAGAUCAUAUGAAGUCUAUAAAUGGGCAGGAUUCUCAAGCAAUCCAACAUUCUACUUGCCCGCCUAUCCAACAGCAAAGUGAUUCUUGCAGCGACGGUCCAGUGGACAGCCAAGCCUCCGAGCUUUCAGAUGCUCCUCGUCAUCAGUAUGUUUCUGCUAAUCAGAUUAUGUCAAGGACAGCCAUACAAAAUGAUUUUGAUAAGAAAGCUGUUAAAAGGUAUAAGAUCACAGAUGCUGGCAAUAAUGGUAUUGAUUCAAACAUGAGUGCAAACUCCAGUGAUCAAUUAACAAAUCCUCAUACAGGGUUGGAACAAUAUAAUGUUGCUUCUACAACUAGAGCAGUACAUGAACUUGGAGCUUUAUCAGUUGACACUAGAAUGGUUACUUCUUCCCAAGGAAAUAAAGAAAGAAGCGAAGCAGCCUUUAGUCAAGGGAUGACUGCAAUGAUACAAAGGCGAUUGCAAAAUCAAGGCUACAAUCACCUUAUGUAUCAAUCCUCACAGUCUUCUUCAGGAGCAGAUGAUAGAAAUCAUGUUAAUUCACAAUAUGCAAAUUCCAGAUCAUUGCAGUUUGGUACUGAUGCUAACCAGAAAUUCAUUGCAAUGCGAAUGGCUGAAAUGUAUAAAAGAUUGGGCGAACCUGGAAGGCAAGCAGCACUAAUUUCUAAACAGAUGAGUCAUGGGAGAAAUGCUGAGAACUUGUUUCCUGCUACAGGAUUAGCAACACCUGCCACCAGUUAUGGUAGUGACUCAGCUCUGAAAGAAUUUGAUUCUACAGGACCUGCACAAAACCCAGCAGAUAUAUCAUUGCCUCCCACUAAGGGGAAUGCCAUGCAUCAAUAUCAAUAUUAUUUAUCUGAAUCUAACAUUGAGCCUUCAGUUACAGUUUUACCUAAGAAACGCAAAAAAGUUGCAUCGCUGCUUAUUCCAUGGCAUGUAGAGAUUGUUCAAGCUGGAGGAGAGCUUCCCUCUACAAGAGAUGCUGAGAUGGCAUGGGCAGUUGCAACAAACCGUCUGACAGAAAAGGAAGAAGAUGAGAUUGACACCUAUGAAGAAGGGACAAAACCUGUAGCUCGAGUAAAAAGAAGAUUGAAGCUGACAACUCAGCUGAUGCAGCAACUCAUUCCACCUCUACCUACUGCAAUAAUUCGUGGAAAAGCAAGUAUUGAACAUGAGAAUGCAACUUACACUCUUGCUAAAACAGCAUUGGGUGAUGCAUGCAAGCUAGUUUCCACUUGGAGGACAGACCUGGGAAAGGAUGUAGAAAAUGAAAACUUGGCCUUAAGGCAGCUUCAGAAACAUACAAAGUUCAAAGGAAAGCCUUUGCAAAUAGCAGAAGGAUUUAUGGAUAGAGCAAAGAAUUUGGACGAUGACUUCAUGAGGUUGGAUGCCUCACUCUCGAUAACUGAGCUAAGAAAUGCAACACAAGAUUUGGAUAGAUUGGCAAUCACAAACAGACUGGUCAGACAUCAUGGAAGAAACCUUCCCAUAGAACCUGUUAAAACUAUUACAGAAGAGAGAGAUUCCUCUUCUGAUUCUUCUUUUUGUACUCGCAAACAGUAUCCUCAAAGAUAUGUCACAGCAGUCCCAAUGCCAAAAAAUCUUCCAGACGGGGUGCUAUGUUAUUCUCUUUAAUGCCAAAUGAUUUGCUAUUUGAUAUA